UUCCCUUACCUCUUCCAUGUCGCCCUCGACAUUCUUCCAGUGCCCGCGUCAAGUGUCGCAUCAGAGCGUGUAUUCUCGUCGAGCAAGGAGACCGAUACUCUGCGGCGGACAGGGCUCGAUGCAGCAAUGAUGGAAAUUCUUCAAGUCCUCAAGUAUGCCAUCUUGAAGGAGUCG